UCAAGGAAGCUCAUGACAAUGGCACAGCUUUGUUUGGAACGGUUGAUACAUGGCUCAUCUGGAAUCUGACAGGUGGCUUGGACGGCGGUUUACACAUUACCGAUGUCACUAAUGCUUCACGCACUAUGUUCAUGGACAUACAUAAGCUAGAGUGGAGUAAUGAAUCGCUUGAAUUCUUUGGCGUCAAAAGCUCAGUCCUGCCACGUAUUGUAUCCUCUGCUGAGGUGUACGGUACUGUAAAAAUAUCAAGCCCAUUACAAGGCAUACCGAUCGCAGGAAUCCUUGGAGAUCAACAAGCUGCUCUUGUCGGCCAAAAAUGUUUUAAUAGAGGAGACGCAAAAAACACAUACGGUACCGGCUGUUUUAUGUUGUUUAAUACGGGUUCUGAUGUUGUUAUUUCAAAGUCCGGGUUACUCACUACAGUUGGUUACAAGUUUGGGAAAGAGGCUACUGUGUACGCUUUGGAGGGGUCUAUUGCUGUAGCAGGCUCGGCCGUAAAAUGGGUUCGUGAUAAUUUGGGCAUAAUUAACGAUGCGCCCGAAAUCAAUGUACUGGCGUCAAAUGUCGAGGACACUGGUGGUGUUUAUUUUGUCACAGCAUUCUCGGGUCUCUUUGCGCCAUACUGGCGAGACGAUGCUCGGGGAUGCAUUGUAGGCAUCACACAAUAUACGAAUAAGAAUCACAUUGCGCGUGCAACUUUGGAAGCCGCCUGCUUUCAGACGCGAGCUAUUCUCGAUGCGAUGAACAAAGACUCGGGUCAUCCGAUAGUAUCUUUGAAAGUCGACGGUGGAUUGAGUAACUCUGAUAUUUGCAUGCAAAUACAAGCCGACGUUCUAGGCAUCGAAGUAGAUCGUCCGGCGAUGCGUGAAACUACGGCACUGGGAGCAGCAAUUGCGGCUGGACACGCCGUUGGAAUAUGGAAGUCGUUGAGUGAAUUGGAUAAUGUUAAUGCCGAAAAUAGAACCAUAUUUUCUCCUAAAAGGAGUGGGAGAAGGCGGUUGAGAAAAGUUUAA